AUGUCCAGCGGAGGACCAAUGGAUUUUACUGUCAACAUGUUUCUCAAGCAGCAGUGGACGGACUUCCGGCUGCACUUUCAUGACCUCGUUCCCACCCAGAUUUUUGAGCUGGACUCACGAUUUCUCAGAGAUAUUUGGAUCCCUGACUUGUAUUUCGUCAAUGGGAAGGGCGGUUCGAUUCACGACAUUACCACUCCCAACAGACUUAUUCACGUAUACAGAGACGCAAAGGUCAAAUAUAACAUUAGAGUGUCCAUGUCGUUUAGCUGUCCCAUGGAUUUGACGAAUUAUCCUCUAGACCGCCAAAUCUGUUAUAUUGACAUGGCUAGCUUCGCCUACACAAAAGACAAACUUAUAUUCCGCUGGUCUCCAAUACAACCGAUACGAAGAAGUCAAAAUAUUAAACUACCUCAGUUUGAACUGAUUGACAUCCGAAACGCCUCCUGCGAACAUUCCCUUGACGUUGCCUCGUUUGCUGGGGAUUUCAGCUGUGUCCGGGCGGAAUUACAUCUUCGACGUCAAAUCGGAUACUUUGGCGUACAAGUUUACGUCCCCAGCGCUUCAAUCGUUGGCAUUUCGUGGAUCUCGUUUUGGCUUGACGUGGACGCCGUUCCCGCGAGAAUCUCCUUAAAUUUGUUGGCCGUCCUGACCAUGACGACACAGUUUUCGAGCGUCCGUGACAAACUACCGAGUGUGAUUUACAUAACGGCUCUUGACAUCUGGAUGUCUGUUUGUCUGCUGUUUGUCAUUUGUUCCCUUGUGGAGUUUGCCUUAGUCAAUGUACUGGUCCGACAACAAGUCAAACAAGUGGGAAAAGUUAGCAAACGUCAACGCCUCAGCAAGCAUAGUGACUCCACCAACAAUGUUGAAACCAUCGUAGAAAAGCAUGAAUGUGCCCCAGACGAGACGUUCGUAAGCGCCACAGUGACAAUUCUUCGAGGGAAGCUCAGAGCGAAGAAAGUUGACAAGUCUGCAAGGAUCUUCUUCCCACUUGCGUUUGCUUUCUUCAACCUGGCUUAUUGGUGCUCGUAUCUGUCACCCUAG